AUGUAUUUUAAAAAAGAAAAUGUUAAUCUAAGUGAAGAGGAAAAUCCUUUAAGACUGUCAGCUGUUUUAAAUCAACUGCAAGAUUUACAAUCUGAACAAUAUGCUGAACAGUAUCAUCAACAAAGUCAUGCACCUUCUCAAAUUCAAAAUCAAGAUACAUCUUUUCUUGCAGCUGCUAAAUAUCAACAUAAAGUGCUAUCACAAAUAAAUAUAAAAUUUGAUGUUUCCAGAGUUCAAUCAAAUGGGUCUGAAAUUGGCCCUUUCUUUCAAUAUCUUAACAGUUCUAGUAAACAUCUAUCUGAUUAUGAAGAUGAAUCUUCAGAAGAUAGAUUAUCAGAAAAUGAAAUUUUUUUCUUACUUAACCA